GGCGCGCGUCCUUCCCGGUAGCUGGGUCGCUUGUGUGUUCGGCUCGGACUGCUCCUUUCGCAUGGACCUACUUCCCCAUUUGUGUAACGAGGUGGGGAGAUGAGGCCGAGCUGACCUGGAAGCCUCUCGUUGGCCACUAUCCUUUCUAAGGAACUCGCCUUCCAGAGCCCACCUGCACAGAACUGGUGGGGACUCUUCUAGGAGCAAGAGAGAAUGGCGCACUUCAGGCAGCUCUCCCUGGGCUCCAAGGCUGCCCUGGCUGCGGUCACUGUCUUCGUGUCCAUGAUCGUCUCCCGCUCCUAUCUGGCACAGAGCCUGGAGCUCAGGGCCUGGCGAUGGCUGUUCCGCCUGCAGCUUGCUCUCUUUGUCAACUCGCUCAUGCUCAUUGGUUCCCUCUACAUCUGGCGUAGCACAGUGAGCAACCUCUGCCACUCCCCAGCAAUGGAGUCCACCUGUUUCCAGCUUUGGAAACUGAUUGUGAUGGUGUUUCUGGCCCUGGCCCAUUCCAGUUUCUUCACCAUGCUCUUUCUGGUGGCUGAGGAGCCCUAUUUCUUUUCCCUGGCGGCCUACUCCUGCCUGGGUGCUUACAUCAUCAUGGUGUUCUUCCUCUGCAUCCUCAGCGGCAUGGAGCAGGCCUACCAGCUGUUGGCCUGGCGCAGCGGUAGGAUCGUGGGCAGCCUUGACAAGUCAAGGAAGCUGGUGCUCAGGCCCGCCCUGGCGGUGGUGGUGACUGCCGUGCUCAGCAUGAUGGGGCUCCUGAAUGCUGCUAAGCCCCCAGCAGUGAAAACCGUGGAGCUGCCCAUCCCUCAGCUGCCCCUCUCUAUGAACAACCUCAAGAUCGUGCUCCUCUCUGACAUUCACUUGGGGCCCACAGUGGGCAGGACCAAGAUGGAGAUGUUUGUGAAGAUGGUGAAUGCAUUGGAACCCGAUGUCACGGUGAUUGUGGGUGACCUCUCUGACUCGGAAGCCUCUGUCCUUCGGACAGCUGUUGCUCCUUUGGGCCAGCUUCAUUCACGCCUUGGCACCUACUUCGUCACGGGCAAUCAUGAGUACUAUACGUCGGAUGUCAGCAACUGGUUUGCACUGCUGGAGUCCCUGCAUGUCCGGCCACUUCAUAAUGAGAAUGUGAAGAUUUCUGCCACGGGGGCCCAGCGUGGCGAUGGUGGUGGUGAAAGUGAAGACUGGAUCUGCUUGGCCGGAGUGGAUGAUAUCGAAGCAGACAUUCUGCACUACUCUGGCCACGGCAUGGAUCUUGACAAGGCCCUGGGGGGCUGCACCCCAGACCACACCAUCAUUUUGCUAGCUCACCAGCCCCUGGCUGCCAAGAGAGCCCUCCAGGCGCGGCCAGAUAUUAACCUGAUCCUUUCUGGGCACACACAUGCUGGGCAAAUCUUCCCGUUGAACGUGGCAGCAUAUCUCCUGAACCCCUUCUUUGCAGGUCUCUACCAAGUGGCCCAGACGACAUUUGUAUAUGUCAGUCCAGGGACCGCCUACUAUGGGAUUCCCAUGAGGCUGGGGAGCAGGGCAGAGAUCACAGAGCUCAUCUUGCAACAGGCUCCCUGAACCAGCCCUGUCCUUGGUACCCCUGCCCUCCCCUCCCCUCUCUGUCCCUCUUCAGAGUUAUUUGCCAGCUUGACCCUUCCAGCCAUGACGGCACCCCCUUGGUCACAAACCUGACAUGAACAGUGAUUUGUAGUGGGGCUGCCUGGCAAGUUCAGGCUGGUUGAAUUCUUUAAGUGGCUACUUGCUUUUUUGGUAUGCAUCUGUGAGGCCACUAAGGUCACCUAUAAGAGGACAUGCUUCUGUUUUCCAGUUGGUGUGAAGUGAAGUCCUCCUGCAGAGCUCACAGGGAAGAACCCCAGUGUGGGGUUCCUAAUUUAGAACCUGAAAGGGGCAAGAGUGUGUCUUCCUCUUGGUGUUUUUUUAAACCCUCUUUAGGACUUAGAUCUAGAACCUCUCUGGAGGUGGUAUUGGUAGGUAAUGUGGGACAACAGGUAAGGUCGGAAGCCCCUUGGAUUGCUGGAGAAUAUUUUCUUAUUCUGCUGGGAUCUGACAGAAUCAGCUUUAUUGAGGGCAUCAGCAAAAAAUGCUGGAACACAGAGGGCCUCUCGUGUUCAGGUCUUGAGUAAAGCCCUUUGACUGUGCUCUUGGGUGGCCAGGGCUGGGGGCCGAUUGAGAAGAAAAAAAAAAAAAAAAUGAGCUGAGCUCUCUGGCCUUGGUGGUAAUGCUGCUGCUUAUGACCUCGGGGGUUUUUUACCUCCCUUGUCUUUUAUACUUGGGUGAGGUAAUUAGGGACAGGUGGCUUCUGUAUUUAUAGAUGAGGAAACUAAGAGAAAGAGGCAGGGCACCCACAACAUGACAAGGUAUGUUGAAGGGCUGGGGAUGUAGCUUAGUGACAUAGCAUUUGCCUAGUGUACACAGGGCCCUGGGAUAGAUCCCCAACAUCAUGAAAAAGAAAGACGGGUUGGAGACUUGGGGCUAGAAGCCAGGUCUGCCUCCUACUGAAAGUUCUUUCCACUGUCUGGUGGUUAAGUAGCUUUAUUAUUAUAUUUGAGUAUAGAGCCUCACGCAGUUAACUGCAAAAGGAGAACAAACCAGAACCUGAUGUUCCUGCAGAGUUCUUUGCUGAAGUCUGACUUCCCUUUACCCACCACUACGUGGAACAGAGCCUACAAGGCAAUUAGCUAGCUUUGGUGUAGGCUGUUUUGUUUUUUUUUUUUGAGGAAGAGUCAGGAAACUGGGGCCCCCUACUUCUCACCCCAGGUUGGGGUCUGAGGAGAAGUGAAGGUUCACAAUCCACCCCUGGGGAAGUUGAAGCUUUCAUGGGGUGUGGCAGGGCUCUCUGCCUCUUGCAGGGCCUUUCCAGCUUCCCCUCCUGAGCCCUGGAGUUCAGGAACUGUUCUUCCUGCUGGGCAGAUUCCAGUCCACCUGUCUUGCCCCAGGCGAGCUGCCCUUAGACUCUGGCAACAGAAAUAACAGGAUCAUUCCUUGCUGGCCUCUAGACUCAGAAAAAGAAGUAGGGGUGACUGUCCUGGAGUGAGUCCCAACCUCUUGGCCUAGACCUUGCCAGAAGAAAGAACCUUGGACUUUGGAAUACCAGUAAGCCCUCCUCUUAGAAAGGCUUGAGAAAUCUGAGGGCUUGGGCUCAGUGUUAACUUCUGGGUAAUUUUUAGACAUGGGGCUGACAGGCUUUCUGACAGGGAGCAUAGACACUCUCUGAUGGGAGGGUCCCGCUCUCCUGCUCACUAGUGAGACAUCCUAGGUCAGCGAGGUGACCUCACAGCACUGUGGCUUUCAAGAUGGUUUCGUUGGGGUGGGAAUCAAGACAUGGUGCCUGAGUUCCUUGUGGCACUGUGCAUAGUUAUGUGAAUAUUUCAACAACAUGUGAGCUUGCUAAGGAACUAGACUGUGCACGGGUGCCCAGAGAAUUUCUGGAGCAACUGAUCCUGGGGAAUGUGGGUGAAUAGCAUGCCACCUGUUACCAGGGCCCCGUGAGAUGUUGCAGCAGCAACUCGAGGGAAAUUAUCUUCCCCUCCCCAUGUUAGUCUCCUUGGGUAGGCUCUGCCUGGCAGAUGGAGUGGCUUCGCUUUCUCUUUGUUCUUCUGAGUUCUCCAGAACCCCAUCCCUUGUUCCGGGGUAGCGAAGGCAUCAAAAGUGAACCAUCCCGUCAAGUUGAAUAAAUGAGGUGAAACUGAUGGUUUUCUUAUUUUUUUUU